AUGGCCGAGGCGCGCGCCGUCGUCCGCGCCGGGGGCGGCGGCGAGGGCCAGAAGGCCGCGGUCAAAGGCCAACUCGAUGGGGCUGCCCACGGCCGCGAGGUGAUGGCCAAGGCGCACGCCGUCGUCCGCGCCGGGGGCGGCGACGAGGGCCAGAAGGCCACGGUCAAAGGCCAACUCGAUGGGUCUGCCCUCGGUGGAGACACCUUGGCCGCCGCUUCCGCCGACCGCAGGGCGGGCAUCGCCAAGCCCGGCCAGCAGGACAUGUUAGACAAGAACCUGGCGUGGCGUACGAUGGGGAGUGCGGAGGAGAGGGAGGAGGCCAAAAAGAAAAAUAGAAGAGAGCGACAAAGUCGCUACCGGACGAAGAAGAAGGAUAUGGCCGCGGCAACGGCCGCCGCCCUGCGCUUGAGGCCGCCGAGCACACCGGUGGCGGAUGAGGCGGCGGCGGCACUCGAGGUGCCGGUGGCGGAUGAGGAGGCGGCGGUAAUCGAGGCGGCGGCGGCGCUGGAGGCGGCGCUGGAGGCGCCGGUGGCGCUGGAGGCGCCGGUGGCGGAGGAGGCGGCGGUGGCCCUCAAAGCGCCGGUGGCGGAAGAGGCGGCGGCGGCACUCGAGACGGCGGCGGCGCUGGAGGCGCCGGUGGCGGAUGAGGCCGCUGCGGCGCUCGAGGCCGCUGCGUCGGAUGAGGCGGCGGCGGCGGCACUCGAGGCGGUGGCGGCGCUGGAGGCGGCGCUGGAGGCGCCGGUGGCGCUGGAGGCGCCGGUGGCGGAGGAGGCGGCGGUGGCCCUCAAAGCGCCGGUGGCGGAAGAGGCGGCGGCGGCACUCGAGACGGCGGCGGCGCUGGAGGCGCCGGUGGCGGAUGAGGCCGCUGCGGCGCUCGAGGCCGCUGCGGCGGAUGAGGCGGCGGCGGCGGCACUCGAGGCGGUGGCGGCGCUGGAGGCGGUGGGAACGGACGAGGCGGCGGCGGCACUCGAGGCGGCCGCGGAGCUCUCCGCGCCGCCUCCGCUGAGCGCUCCGGUGCACGACUCGCCGGCGGCGAACGCGGCCGCACCCGCGAUCACCACCAAGUCGAACAUGGACGACAUUCUUCGUCACCUUCGUGCUCGACAGGUGACGGGUUUGUCUAAAUUGAACAAAGCCGACCUGGUGAAGGUUCUGCAUAGGACAAACGCAUGCGACGCGCAGACGCGGUCGAUCACGAGCUUUUUUCCAAAGCGCAGUUAG